AAAAGUAAAGAGAAAGGGAACUUUAAUCCUCAUGAUCACAAGGACGGGAAUGUCCUAUGAUCUCCUAAAAUCAGAAUGGAAGUUUUAACCGCUUGAUCCAUUCCCACUGUCAUAACUAUAAAUACACUAAAAUUUGAUGUUUUUGGCGUAAUUUUUCUGUGUGCUCAAACUCACAGAAUUCACAUUUGAUAUCUUCCACCUCGUCUUCCCCAUCUCUAUACAAAAUCGAAAUUCUAAAAUUCUAUCCAUGGCAGAAAAACCCUAGAUUAUCGCGCCACAAUUACAUCAAAAAGCUUAAUUUAACAAUAAUGGAUAAAACCCUAGAAAUCCAUGUAUUGGGGUUAAGCUUAUUCUUGCUUGUAAUCACUUGUUUAUCAGCUGAAUCAUCGACAUGUUUGACAGUAUACAAGGAAGGAGGAGCUCCGGCUGUAUUCAAAUCCCCAAAAUGCCCUAGCUGGAAGCUCUCCCAUCACCAAUUUCCGCCGGGAAGCUCCAAGUGCCAUGUCGCCGCUUUUCAAGGUCGCCGGAGUUCGAUGGAGGAUCGUAUUUUAUGUGCCCUCGGUGUUCGAAUUCCGUUUCCGGGUCCAAAUGGAUUUACAGAGGUGGAUGUGAGCAUUGUGGCAGUUUUUGAUGGACAUAAUGGCUCUGAAGCUAGUGAUAUGGCUUCAAAACUUUUGUUGGAGUAUCUUAUUCUGCACACUUAUUUUCUCCUUGAUGCAACGUUUCCUUCCUUUUUAAAGAAAUCAAUGGGAAGAUUGUCAAACAAGGAACUUGUGACAUUUUCUUCUCAGUUCUUUAAGGAUAGAGAAUGGAUGUUGCAUUUUAAUGAUCAGCAAAGGUUUAUGUCUCAAGAAAUUUUUGGAGAAUCAUUUCAUUUGGAAAUAUUGAAGGAAGCAUUGCUGAGAACAAUCGCUGACAUUGAUACCACUUUUUCCAAGGAGGCCAUCAGAUUACAACUUGAUUCGGGUUCUACAGCCACAAUUGUUUUGAUCGUAGAUGGUCAGAUAUUGGUUGCAAAUUUAGGAGACUCGAAGGCUUUUUUGUGCUCUGAUCAUUAUCAGCCCCCUGCUGAUGCUAAAGCCACUGCUUUAAGGAUAUAUAGGCAGAAACUACGUGAUGGUACUGUACUGAGAUUUAAGGAUUGUGAAAUCUGUAAAAUGGUGGCUUCCAAAGGAGUGAAACUUUUGGUUGUGAAAGAAUUGACUAGUGAUCAUCGGCCAGACAGGGAUGAUGAGAAGUCCCGAGUUGAAAAUGCUGGUGGUUAUGUUAUUGAGUGGAGUGGAGUUCCUCGUAUUAAUGGGCGUCUUGCUGUGUCAAGGGCUAUUGGUGAUGUGCCUUUCAAAAGGUAUGGUGUUAUAGCUGCUCCAGAGAUUACAGAUUGGCAACUCCUGAAUGACAAUGACAGCUAUCUCAUAGCUGCAUCCGAUGGUGUUUUUGAGGGGUUGGACUCAAAGGAUGUUUGUGAUCUUUUGUGGGAAGUGCAAAAUGAUGACCUAUUAGGAUCACAGGUUUCUCCUGCUUGUUCAGAUUCUUUAGCUGACUGCAUAAUAAGCACAGCUUUUGAGCGAGGAAGUGCAGAUAAUAUGGCUACUGCUGUUGUUCCAUUAAGAUUGAUGAGUUUAUCUAAAACCUCUCUAAAUGCUGCAGAAAUUCCCAUCAGUCUUGUUCAACUGAAACAUGCUUACCCUAUUGUGGCAAAGUUUGACAGGUUAUUGGUGGAAAGCAAGCAAGGUAAUUUUGGCUGUUACUAUUUGUAUGAGAACCUUAAGGAAUAUGAGGAGGAUACUUUUAGUCAUCCAGAGGAUGAAAUAUAUGAAGAUCUUUAUGACAUCCCUCAUGCUCUCCCUGGGCGCCUUGAUCAUACCUGUGGAGAAUCUGCAAAGUUAAAUGUGGAGAACGACUUUUGCUUUCACUCUGAGAUGAUCUCUGAUGGUAGUAAUGAUGAUAGCCGAUAUCCUGAAGAUCUUUCCAGUUUCCUUUCCCUGCUUGAAUCAAUCCCUUUUCAGCAUGCUGAAUCUAGUUUUGGAUCAUUUGAGGAAGCUAAACCUGAAAUGAGGUAUAUCCUAAGGAAAAGGUUUGGCCAGGGAGCAUAUGGUGAGGUUUGGUUGGCUUUUCAGUGGAAUUGUUCUCAAGGAGAAAAUGCCAGGAAUUGGAAUCAGAAUAACAGAACUUUUUCCAGACACCAUCUUAAUAUGGAGUCAUGCAAUGAAAAUUCAGAAAACUCCUCAUCACGUUAUGAUUGUCCUAGUGGUUCCUCUGAUAGUAACCUGUUCAUUUUGAAGCGCAUAAUGGUGGAGAGAGGAUCCUCUGUUUACCUGAGUGGGUUGCGGGAGAAGUAUUUUGGUGAAAUAUUCUUAAAUGCUUCAACAUCUCUAGGAGGGUUUCUACCAUCUACAAUGUCAAGCUUAUUAUUUAGAAAACCUGGAGCCAAUUCUUAUGGUCCUUUUGGAACAGACGAAAAUCUUAGAAUUGUUAUUCAGGAGAGUGAGGAUUUUGAGAAUCCUGGAGAUGGGUUUAUGCAUGGAAAUGGAACAUGGACAGUGAUUUAUGAAGACGGCCUUGAUCAUAUUGCAAGAUAUGUGGAAUCUUUUGAGUCUCGUUCUAAUGAAAUAUGGCUUGUUUUUAGGCAUGAAGGCGUUUCUUUGUCAAAGCUUAUGUACGCAACUGGAGAUGUCGAUGAAAUCCCGUCAGAAAGAACUGGACAUGCUCAGGUAUUGCGCCCGUCAAAAUGGUGGCAUUGGCUUAAGACAACAAAAGCAGGACAUGAGGAAAUGAGGAGUGUUAUCAAGCAGUUGUUGGUGGCACUUAAGUCUUGUCAUGAUCGUAAUAUUACCCACAGAGAUAUAAAACCUGAGAACAUGGUAAUAUGCGUUGAAGAUCAGGAUACAGGGGAAUGCGUUAAGGGAAAAUCAAUUGGAGAUCUAAAAGUUGCAGGAAAAAUGCGUAUUAUUGACUUCGGUAGUGCAAUUGAUGACUUCACCAUGAGGCGUUUAUAUGGAUUUAAAGGCCCAUCUAGAGCUGAACAGACAUUUGAGUACACUCCCCCGGAAGCUUUAUUGAAUACAAGUUGGUUUCAGGGACCUACAAGCAGAACUCUCAAGUAUGAUAUGUGGAGUGUUGGAGUUGUAUUCUUGGAGAUGGUAUUGGGAUCAACAGAUGUUUUCCAGAUUAGCUCUUUAUCCCAUGCCCUUCUAGAUAAGCUUCUUGAAGGUUGGAAUGAAGACUUGAAGGAGCUUGCUUAUAGGCUUAGGUCCUUCAUGGAAAUGUGCAUAUUAGUCCCUGGCCAUUCCACUACACGUCAUCCUGGCAAGGGUCCACAAGACCAGGCUAAAGCUUCACCGGCUUCAUGGAAAUGUUCUGAAGAAUUCUUCUCGAAUCUUAUAAAAAGUAGAGACCCUCUUAAUAUAGGGUUUCCAAAUGUCUGGGCCAUGCGUCUAGUACGACAGCUUUUACGUUGGGAUCCGGAUGAUCGAUUGACUGUGGAUGAUGCUCUGCAGCAUCCUUAUUUCCAAUCACCUCCCAGCUGAUCAUUGAAAGUUUGGAACUAUAAGUGCAUUCUUUCGUGAAAAAGAAUAGUUAGCGUCAGGGGUCAGCAACUCAGCAUAUAACAAUUAAUGAGGGGGCAGAGGAAAGGAGUGAAUGACUUAUUCAUGGUUUAUAUAAACCACGCCCUUCAGGAUGAGCUGGAUGUGACAAGAGACAGAAAUGCUUGGUGUUGUUUCUGAGGGGGUUUCUAGAUCAUUGUACUUUGAGACCAAGAAUCAGAAUAGUUAAUUCUCUGUCAAAGUUGCAAAAAGAUGAUAAAACCCUGAAGAUAUAAUCUUCUCGAUGUUCAGAAACACACAAGAAGAGAAAGCCGUCACUAAUUUUCCCAUCAAGACGAUGCCAACAAGGAAGUGGCAAGGAAAGACUUGCCUACACCUAUUUUGUGUCGUCUUUUUUUUACCUUUGUAUGUAAGCCAUCCAUGCAGAUGUUGUAGAAGUAACUAUACGUGCUUACUGAAGUAUCAAAUCAGAAGUAUAUGAUUUCAUUAUUCAGAAGCAGGGUUGUAAAUUUGUAGCAGGAUUAGAAUUUUGACAGAUUUUAGUGCAAAUUAGCUGAUGUAUUUGGAGAUUUCAUUUCAACAUCUAAUAUACCUUUUACUUUGCGUAUA